AUUGGAAAAAAUAAAGAAGAGAUUGCCACCCUAAAGGCAAAUGCCCUUGGGACCAAUCAGAGUUUUACAACUCAGAUUAGCCAACUCACUGAAAAGGUAAGUACACACUGGAGUGUGUUAUCUUUUGUGGAAAAUAAGAUUUGAUACUGUUUGUAGUGUUUCUUACUUUACAAUUGUAUACUGGGAAGAGACAUAUGAUGCCUGAUACGAUACAUAAUACCUCUUAUUAUGCUUACGGAACAAUAAAUUCUGAUAAACUGAUAUUCCAGUAAAUAAACUUCAUGCCAAUAUAGCCAAAUUGAAAGUAGUUGCUAAAUCAACUGACUUGUUAGUGAGUCAUCCAAUAAAUUAUAUUUCAAGACCCAGAGUUUAACAUGUUGGGAUAUUAUGCAAUAUUUCGGUACCAGCUGCGUUGUCAAUUGCCUAAUGAUUUAAGGAAGCUAGAGUAAGGGAAUCUGAUAUAAUCUGGCUUGAAAUGCAGAAUUAUCCAUUUCAGGCACAAAAGCCGAAAGACAUAUUGAAUGGAGUUUUGCUGAUGCCCAAGAAAAGAAGAAAGAGAAUUAGUUGUGACUAUCUCAUAUGACCUGAAAGUGGGCCAAGCAGUGAGAAAAAGUAGGAAGAAAAGGCAUCAGAGAAAUAACUAGUUGGGAUAGGCAACCAUUGGCACUCCAGAUGUUGUGGACUACAUCCCUCAUAAUGCUCUUACACCCAUAAUGCUGGCAAAGCAUCAUGGGAGGUGUAGUCCAAAACAUCUGCAGUGCCUAAGGUUGCCUAUGCCUGAACUAGUGUUUGGUAGUGGAGGGUAUGAUGAAAUUGUGGUUUAUGGGAUUAUAGCCUAACACAUCUUGAAUUACUAAGGAGUCACCAAUCCCUUACAGCAACCUUUUUUACAAACGUCCAGGAGCAGACAAUGUUUAAUGACAUCUGAAGAAAAAUACAGUUUAUUUUAUUAGUGGUUUCUUUUGCAAUUUGGACACAGGAACGUGAUUUGAUUCUGCCUUUUAUAGAUCUUACAAGUCAUAUCGCGAAACAAUGAUAUUUCUACAAUUCGUUCAAGUAUAAAAACACAUUUUUUUACAUAGAUGAAGGCUUAGAAAGGAAUAGAAUGAUAUUACCUUGACCUGUGCCACCAUUUAUGUGUCUUUUAAUGUAUAAUUUAAAUAUGUUUUAUUAUUUACAGAUUACGGAUAUUGAAGUCAAAGUUCAAAGUUUACAACAGGUGAGCUGUGAAUUCAACUAUUCAUGAAUGUUGAAAUGGAGAGAUGCACACUGAUUAUUUAUUCCUUGUUAGGUUGUAUAGCGUAAAACAGUAGCGGCUAAUGCAGUUUUAAGAAUUUUACUCUUCCCUUUACAUUACAGAGACACUCAUACAAUACAUAGAGCUGAGUACAAUACAGAGAUAACAUAUCACAAACAGAGCUGAGAAUUUUUUUUUAGAUAUAAUACACAGAGUUGGGCACAACACAAAGAUAUCUACACAGAGCUGGGUAGACCACGGAGAUACCCAUACAACAGGUAGAGGUGAGUAAAAUACAGAGAAAUAACACACAGAGCUGGGCACAGUAAGGAAGUCACAGCCAGGAUCACUGUGAUGGAGUAGAGAUCCUCACACAGUACAUGUCCAUGUAUAAUGCUCCAACUAUUUCUCUCUCUGUAUCUUCCUAGCCCUCUCUUAGCUCUCCCUCUUAUCUUCAGUAGUACUCCUGCUAUGAUAACUUUUGCUUUCUGUUAAAUAUUGCUGCUGUUAUGAAACCUGUCAGCUAGUCCAUUAGCUCUCAGCACACAUUAUGCACAUGGGUAGAGCAUACAAGAUACUGAUAGACACAGUAUAACCAUUGCAGUUGGCAAAAUAAUUCAGGCACAUCCUUUUUAAAUUGGGCGGUAAUAGCUUUUUGAUCCAAGGAGAGAGCUAACUGUCAUUCUCGGGUCAAGAAUUAGAUUUUGUUUCCUAAAUUGUUGCAAAAUUGGAAGCGCCUUUCAAGUUCAAACUGGGUUUUUUGUCUUUGUUUUGAAGCAACAGCAAAAACAGAUGUGAGGAACGCUGAACUUGAGGGGCACAUGUCUCUUUUCAGCUGUGUAACUAUGUAACUAUGUAAAUUAAUCUGCAGUGGUCAUGUGGAGCCAAUAAGUAGCUGACAUGAUUACCAGAAUCAACAAUCAUUACAGAUUAAAACAGAUUGAAAUCAGAAUCAGAUCAGUACUCAGAGUCACAGUCGCAGUCAUGCAGUGUGGAGCUUUACACAUUGUCAUUGUCACCUCUCCUGUGAGCACUGUAACCCUACCCUCUGGUGUCAUGAGCCAAUGAUGGCUCCUGAAUAGAUAGGCUAACAUGCCUCUGUUCACGGGCAGUUGACUCUGCUGCCCAAAUGGCAAAUCAAGGAAAAUUCCUGAAAUUCCUUCUUAAAGGAAACUAGGCAUGUGCAAAAUGUGUUGAAAUAGAGCAGAUUUCAAACCAGCCCCAUAUUUUUGACAUGCCUGGAUGCUCUCAGGUAAGCUUCUCUAAGCAGCUACCAACGAGGGAGGACAGGCCCUGCAGAACUGAAACAUAGUACAGAAUUAAAGAGACACUAAUUAUUUCCACAUCUCUCUGCCCCUGCCCUUCCCUCCCUUUGUGGUCUCUCCUCACCCCUCCCUUAGUGGUCUCUUCCCACCCACCUCUCCCUCCCAUAGAGGUCUCUCAUCCACCCCAUAGAGGUCUCUCCUCCACCUCUCUCCCUCCCAUGGUGGUCACUCCCCCACCCCAUUCCUCAGUGGUCUCACUCCCCAUUCUCCUCACCCCCCUCUUCUACCCGGUGUAGCGUGGCUGAGCUCCGGUCUGGUACGCGGUACAGAAGUUUCUGUUUCCUGUACCCGGCCGGACUGACAGGAAGUGCUGUACAGGAAUGGAUGUUCCCGUACUGCGGAACGGAGCUCGGUCACGCUACACUGAGGGACUGGCAGGAGGGAGCACUGUGCGCUUCCUUCCUGCUGAUCCCUCAUAUCUUGCGCCCCCAGGCCGGUGCGCCCUCAUGGACGCACCGGGCCCGGGCAGUGCUGCAGCCGCCUUAGUCUCUCUAUAGAGCGCUCAGGCGGCUGCAGCAUGAGGGGGCCCGGCACUCCUGGCGACUGCCUAAGUCGCUUGUAGGAAGCGCCGGCUCUGAUAAGUAGUAAUAUUUACACAAAAGUUUGAUUUACAUAAUGGAAGGUGUAUAUUUUAAAAGUGGUGCCUUUUGAGAGGCGUUAUUUAAAUGUCAAAACAAAAUUAACGAGAACACUGAGAUCUGGCUGAAAUUUCUCUUUGUUUACCCUGACAUAUGUCCCAUACUGGUUUUAGCUUACAUAUGUCAUUACAGAAGGAAUUUAUACCCAUAUGAUCCAUUAGAAAAAAAGUCUGUUAAAGUAAGCUUGGCAUUUGAAUGGAUUUAAUAGUUGGGCAGUAAGUUAUGGCUGGAGUUUAUGGGUUGGGGAGGGUGAGGAGGUGUUAAACUUUAGAAUAUAUGUUUGGGCAUAGAGUUAUGGUUGUGGGGUUUAGCAUUAAGGGAAACCAGAGUUUAGGGGUAAUUGCCUUCAAGAUGCUACAGACUGUAACUCACAUGAGUCUCAGCCAGGCAAAUGUGAUAGAAGAUACAGUCCAUAGCACUUUGUAGGCAGGUAGCCCCUAAGCUCCCUAACCCUAAGUCUCCCUAGCCCUAAGUCCCCCUAACCCUAAAUCCCCCUUAACCUACAGCAUCGUGUAUUCUGUGUCCUUACAGCAUUGAGUAUAGCAGUGUAUCCUGUACUGUAAUGUUUCCUGUACUGUAAUAGUUUCCAUUAUAAACUGUUCUAUAGGGGCAGCAUGUGCUAUUUAUUAUGACAAUAUUAGAGGAUCGUUAUAAUGAACUGCAACAUUUCCAUUUUAACAUAAUUCAAGUUUUUAGUUUGAACAGAUAAUUUAAAUGUUAUCAUUAAUAUUUUAUUACAGGCCAUUAACAGAAAGUCAUGCAGCAGCAACCCAUGCCAGAACACUGGGACUUGUAUCGAUCUCUUGGAUUCCUUCUUAUGUCUUUGUACAAGUAGAUGGCAGGUAAGAUGUUUAGAAUGUUAUUUUACAAUUCAUUCUUAUUCUAGGAGAAAUAGAAACAGCAAGGUGAGACUUUUACUCAAAACAACCCAAAACUUUAAAUACAGCAGCAUUGGAAACAUACUUGGCAAUAUGGUAAACAUUAUAAAAGGAGAAAUUUGCAGUAAAAUACAUCUUUACCUGUUCGUACAGAUUUACCUGUUAGUACAGAUUUACUUGUUAGUACAGAUUUACUUGUUAGUACAGAUUUACCUGUUCGUACAGAUUUAGCUGUUAGUACAGAUUUACUUGUUCGUACAGAUUUACCUGUUAGUACAGAUUCACCUGUUCGUACAGAUUUACUUGUUAGUACAGAUUUACCUGUUCGUACAGAUUUACUUGUUAGUACAGAUUUACCUGUUAGUACAGAUUUACUUGUUAGUACAGCUAAAAUAACAGUUAAAGUUAAUGUAAAAUAAAAAUUUUCUACAAUAUAUAUAAAACAUACUACAAGAUUGGCUAAAAUGGUUUACUGUUGAAAUAACAGCCAGAAGAUUUAAAAAAUGUGAAUUAAAAAUAUAACUUGCGCCAAAAAGGGAAAAAUACAGAUUGUAACAAAAAUGUUGCUAAAAAGUAUGUUAUGCAGUGUCAGCAUCGUCCUAAACAAAACACGAUCCCAAAUCGUAACCCUAAACCAAACCCUAGUCCUCUUGUUUACCCAACGAGUGUAUGACAUGCGUGUUUUUCAUUGCGGCAACAUUUUCUUCACAGAGAUAAAUUUUGAUCCAUGAUUUGUGAAAUGUUUCACUCUCCUAUUCACCCAUUCUAAUUUUUCCUGUAAGAUUGUAAACUGAUACAAAUUAUAAAGUGCUACUAGUUUGAAUUUGACGGAGGAGAUACCAUUGUAUUUUUUUGGAAACACACUCAGACACUCACUUUUCUUUUGCUGAGCUCACAUAAAUAUGGUAUACAAAAUGCACAAUACUAUUUUUAGUGAAAUAGUGCCUGCUGGUAAAUUAAACAAAGAUUCCCAAAGGGGAUUAGAAUUGGUACUUUCAAACAGAAAAUAAUUUAGAAGGGAUCCUCAGGACUUCCAAUUAAUCAAGAAGGUCAGCAGGAACCCAUUCAAUUGAAAUUCAAAGUGCUUUGGCAGCCUCGUCAAGCACCUCAACCCACUUGCUGUGAUCAUGGGGUAAACGAACCACCAACUUUUACUUUCACAGAGAACGCUAUCGUUCUUUAUCCUAUUUCCCACUGACAAAGGGUUUUGAAUGCAAAGUUGAAAGAGUGAGUAGUUAGAGAGAUUUCCUUAUUUAGGAUGUAGAUAGAACUACUGGAUAAAUUCACAGAAAUCUGUUAUCUGAAUAUGAGAUAAAUACACAGACUCUCGUAACCGUUAUUUAACGGGGCCUGCCUUGCGAUUCAGCAAAGGUCACAGCUGGUUUACAAACAUUUAUCAUUCACUGGACACCUUUCAUAUAACCGUGACACACAUGCACUAAAGUUAUAUUCCUGGAUCUUACCAAAUUUUUAACCUGAAGAUCAAGGGAUCCAAGGGCUUGGUCACUUGUACCCCUUCUUUUGUUGAAAUGCAUCUGAUUAUCAUUUUUGUCCCUGGAGUUAUUAUUUAUGUAACAAGCGUAAAUAUAGAUUGUAAAAACUGGGGACCCAGACAGUGACAGAUAUAUUGAACCAAAAUAAUUGUUUUGGAGACACUGCAUGUCUUAUCACUGGAUUGUUUAAUAUUUGCCAAACACAAACAUUUUUAUAUACACAUCUAGCACUAAGAACAGAAAUGAAUGACAUAAUGGAAAACAUUUUCAGCUGAUAUUGUCCUGAUAGAUUUGAGGAUUGUAUAUUUUUUAUGAGGAUUUAUCUUUUCCUUUACAUUACCCCAUGCAUAUCACAUGUAGGAAAGGCCUGUGGGUCUUCCCAUCAAAAUAUGUCAUGCCUUACAGCAAAUCCUGCCCUCUAUACCAUGCAACACGAAUAUCACAUUAUACUUAUUGUUUUCACAUGGUUUAACAUUCAACACUCUCGCAACAGUGUAGCCAUUGCCACCAAUGAUGGACACAUCAAAACAAUUCUAGAUAGAAUUCUCACCAGUGAUCAUGCAGCUGAAAAUAUUUGCUGUUAUUGUUAACACGCAAUUCCCAUAUUGGUUCCAUGAAUUUACUUUUUUUAUUUUCUUUUAAACUAAUAUGAAAUAGGAGAAUGAGUGCCUAUUAAAAAUAAUAUAUAUAUAUAUAUAUAUAUAUAUAUAUAUAUAUAUAUAUAUACAUAAGCAAUAUAUAAGUGUUAGUUUAUUAUUUAAGGGUUAGGAAUACUCUAAUUGAUUAUAUCUUUAAACAUUAUUAAACUUUUUAAAAAAAUAUGAAAUCUGUGUCGUACCAACAAAUUUCGCAUAGCAAACUAUGAGAUUUGAUAAAUAUAUUGUCACGGCUGCUAGUGUGGUCCAACACGCAGAAACUAUGUAAACCUAUACAUAAAAAAGGAAAGGAAAUAAAAGGACAGAGCGUAAACCGGACCUUAGAAUGGCCGGACUAAUAUGCUAGAGAUAGAGAAUGGUCAAAGGGAAAGCCGAGGUCAAGGAAUCCAGAAAUACUCAGAAAGCGUUUAAACAAGCCAAGUCAGGGGAACCAGAAUUCAGAAUAACCAGGGAAAAGCCAAGAUCAGGAUACCAGGAAGUCAGAUUCAUAAAGAUAAACGCACUCUAGGGAACCAGGAACAGGAAACCACGACAGGGCAAGGAACUGGAGUGAAUUAGGGAUUGGUGACCUCUGACCCCAGAACGUGCACUGACGUUGUGACGUCACGCGCACGUCCGUAUAAAUUUGAGGGGCAGAGCUUGUGGUGUGCGUGACUACGUGGUCAGCGCCAUCUUUGAUUUGGGCGCAAAGCCCAGAAGACGCGUAGGAGCGGUUCCUGGCUCGCCGGCAAGCAGGUAAGCUCGCAAUAUCGGCGAGGUCGUGCCACAACAGUACCCCCCACUCAAAUACCGCUCACCAGAUGGGAAGGAGCCGGCUUAUGAGGGAAGCAGUUGUGAAACGACCGGAUAAGACGGGGCGCAUGAACCUGGUCAGCAGGAACCUAACAACGUUCCUCAGGACCAUAUCCUUUCCAGUCAACUAGAUAAGACAACAUCCCCCUGGAGAUUUUGGAGUCCAAUAUAGAACAAACUCCAUACUCCUCCUGAUCACCCACUACCAAGGGCGGAGGAGGGGCAGCCACUUUAGUGUAUCGAUUGUAAGUAAGAGGCUUAAGCAUGGACACAUGAAAUUAAUUGGCAAUUCUCAUGUGAGCAGGAAGUGCCAAUGAAUAAGUCACAGGGAUGAUACGACGGAGGACCCGAAAAGGACCUAUGUACCGAGGGGCAAAUUUCAUGGAAGGAACCUUAAGUUUGACAUGACGUGUGGAUAACCACACCUUGUCUCCUGGUUGAUAGACAGGAUUGGCACCCCGUCUCUUGUCAGCUUGGCUUUUAGCAUGUUUUGAUUCCUUCUGUAGUGCUGUAUGAACGGAAUCCCAAGUGUCAUGAAUAGAAUCCAAACGGGUGUUCAAGGCAGGAAUAUCAGUGUCUGAAAAUUCAGAAGGUAAAACAGUGGGGUGAUAACCCUGAUUUACAAAAAAUGGACUAUGAUUAGAGGAUUCAUGAGUCGCAUUAUUUCUGGCAAACUCAGCCAUGGGUAAGAGUUCGUACCAGUUAGACUGACUGGCAUCGAUAAAACAACGUAAAUAAGAUUCUAAAGACUGAUUGGCCCUCUCUGCUGCGCCAUUAGUCUGAGGGUAAUACGCUGAGGAAAAUGAAAGUUCUAUACCCAAUUGCUUACAAAAGGCACGCCAGAACCUAGAAAUAAAUUGGGUACCUCUGUCAGAUACUAUGUUUUUUGGCACUCCAUGUAACCAAAAGAUCUCUUUCAAAAAUAUUUGUACAAGAUCUUGAGCAGAUGGUAAUUUUUUAAGAGGUACAAAAUGUGCCAUUUUCCAGAAUCUAUCUAUGACCAUAAGGAUUGUGUUAAAUCUGUUUGAACUGAGCAGAUCGACCAUGAAAUCCAUGGCUAAAUGGGUCCAUGGAGCAUUAGGUAUAGGCAGUGGUUGUAGCAACCCAGGAGGAGAUUUGUGAGAGGCUUUAGAAACGUCAUAUAUUUGACAUGCCACUACAUAAUCUUUGAUGUCGUUCCUAAGUGUAGGCCACCAGAACCUCCUGGAGAUAGCAGAGAGGGUUUUAUGGACUCCAGGAUGAACUGCUGUCAAAUUAUCAUGGAAUAAUCCAAGUACCUUUUUCCUAAAUGGUAGUGAAACGUACAGUUUGUCCGGAGGUCUCUCCACGGGUGCCUGAGUUUGAUCUUCUAUUAUGGCACAGAAGAGUGCAGAAGACACUUCGGAAAUUGUAGUGGCAAUAAGGCAUUCUGGAGGUAUAAUAGGGAAUACCUCUUGUUCAAGAACCUCAUCUGUCUCAAACUGCCUAGACAGCGCAUCUGCCUUGGUGUUCUUGGUUCCUGGCCUGUACGUAAUUACAAAAUUGAUUCGGGAGAGGAACAAUGGCCAUCUAGCCUGAUGAGAGGACAAUCUCUUAGCGCCCCCAAUAUAAUCGGUAAAAAUCAGAAGUGGCUCUUUGGAACCUUCUAAGAGAUGCCUCCAUUCUUUAAGGGCAAGUACAUUGGCCAAUAACUCCCUAUUCCCAAUGUCAUAAUUUUUCUCAGCAGAUGUUAGUUUUCGAGAGAAAAACCCACAGGGAUGUAAAGGCGCAUCAAACUGGCAUUUCUCCAGCUAACAGUAGAGGCCGUUCUUUAACAGGGUUUUAAGUACUGUUCUCACAUGUUCGUGAUGUGUCUCUACGUCUGGGGAAUAGAUGAGAAUGUCGUCAAGAUACACUAAAACGAACAUGUGGAGAUAUUCUCUAAGGACAUCGUUAAUGAAAUCCUGAAACACCGCUGGGGCAUUGCACAGUCCAAACGGCAUAACUAGGUAUUCGUAAUGUCCCAUUCUCGUAUUAAAUGCGGUUAUCCACUCAUGCCCUUCCUUAAUUCUGACUAGGUUGUAAGCACUUCUGAGGUCGAGCUUAGUGAAGACUCGGGCCCCUUUCAACCUAUCGAAUAACUCAGAAAUAAGGGGAAUGGGAUAGGCGUUUUUAUUGUUAUUCUAUUCAAACCCCUAUAGCCUCCAGAUGGGCAGUUCUCUGGAGCAAGGUCUGGAAUGCUUGGGCAAACUGAUCUAAACUGUGGUCCAUAUCCUCCACCCUACUCUCACAGGCAAUCAUAUGUUUGCAUAGUUCCACAGGAUCCAUGGCCCUGUCGUAAUGUCACGGCUGCUAGUGUGGUCCAACACGCAGAAACUAUGUAAACAUAUACAUAAAAAAGGAAAGGAAAUAAAAGGACAGAGCCUAAACCGGACCUUAGAAUGGCCGGACUAAUACGCUAGAGAUAGAGAAUGGUCAAAGGGAAAGCCGAGGUCAAGGAAGCCAGAAAUACUCAGAUACCGUUUAAACAAGCCAAGUCAGGGGAACCAGAAUUCGGAAUAACCAGGGGAAAGCCAAGAUCAGGAUACCAGGAAGUCAGAUUUACAAAGAUAAACGCACUCUCGGGAACCAGGAACAGGAAACCACGACAGGGCAAGGAACUGGAGUGAAUUAGGGAUUUAAAUAUCCCUCUCUGGGCUCUGAUUGGUCAGAGGGUGACCUCUGACCCCAGAACGUGCGUGUGCGUUGAUGUCGUGACGUCACGCGCACGUCCAUAUAAAUAUGAGGGUCGGAGCUUGUGGUGUGCGCGACCACGUGGUGAGCGCCAUCUUUGAUUUGGGCGCAACGCCUAGAAGACACGGAGGAGCGGUUCCCGGCUCGCCGGGGAGCAGGGAAGCUCGCAAUAUCGGCGAGGUCGUGCCGGAUGAGGCACGGCUGCGCCAUGCAGCGGGCCGGGAGCCGCAACAUAUAUAUGUCCAUGUCUGCUAAUUAGGAAAGGAGAAUCCUGUGUAAAUAGGGGCAUUUGUGUUUAAAGGUUUUUAGGCUUAGAUUCCCCCGCACCCUACCCCUCCAAUUUAUAGAAAAUUAUUGGUUUAGUUGAUCAACCAGUUGUCAAGACUUCUCGUUGACACUGAGGGUGUUGUUAAACUACUUUUCCUUAAUUUCCAGGAAAUAUAGUCCAGCAGUUUAAGGAACAGAGACAAACGUGGACUUGUGCAAAAAUAUGUUUUAGUUGGUUCAUCAAUCAGAUUCCUUUAAUACAUAUCCAAACGAAAUGUUUCACCCGGGAUUUACCUAUAGAGUAUUUUCCAUUUAAUAAGACUCCACAGGUAAAUCAUGGACACAUUUGCAUAAACAGAACACAUUUUCACACAUAUCUAGUCUGGUGGACCUCACUGGUGUCCAUUGUGAGUUAAUGGUUAAAUAUCUUCUUGUAGGAACAUCUGAGUAUAAACACGUCUCCAAUAUUCUCGUUAACCCAAUGCUAUUUACUGUUCUCAUGUGUAGCUGGCCAUGAUACAGUGUAUCUACUGCUUGGCAGUAAUCAUGUAAAGUCCAAAACUCAUCCAUUAUAAAGAUCUCCUCUCAGCUACACUACUUUCCCUUUGCAUUACCCCAUAUGCAUAUCACAUACACAAAUGAAUAUACAGUAUAAGACACUGCUGAAAUACAAUGCUGUCAUCUAAUUUAUUUAAGCAUAUAGAAAGUAAAUAGGUCAACAUUAACAUUAUCGCUAGUUGGUAAAGAGAUGUUUUGGUUAGACCUUUUACACUGAUGUAAGAUUGGAUCUUUUCUGGAAGUCUUGUGGAAGGUUAUUCCACUGUUGUGUGCUUGACCAAUUUCUAGUUGUAAUACUGUCAGUUCAAUUCUAUAGCACAAAUAAUAACAUUUUCCUGUACAUAUUGCUAUGCAUAAUGUUAAUUAAGAUAUAUAUUUUUUAAGUAAUUUUUUUAACCCCUUAAGGACACUUGACAUGUGUGACAUGUCAUGAUUCUCUUUUAUUCCAGAUGUUUGGUCCUUAAGGGGUUAAACGAUUUUUUUUUCAUUUUUCAUUUUAAGGGAUCCAUCUGUGCAGAAGAUGUCAAUGAAUGCCAACUCUAUGAUGGUACUGCACUGGGUUGUCAUAACCAAGGACUAUGUAUGAAUACACCCGGAAGUUACAGGUAAUCUCUAUGACAAUAUACUUUGUCAUACUUACACACUCUACGUGUCUGUUCAACUCAUCUUGAUGGAUCUUGAGACCAAGUAUUAAGUAUUAAUUAAAAUGUUAAUUAUAAAAAAAAUUUACAUCCAUAAGACAAACUAAAAUGUAAUUAUCAUAAAUUUCAGGAAAAGUCAAGUUUAAAACAAUGCUUAUGUUUUCAUGCACUUGAGGAAGGGAAUUAAAAUUUUAAAAAUGUGCAAUUAUUUGUUUUUCAAAAUUAUAUCAUACAUAGUAAACUAUAUUGGUUAUGGUGCCAGGAGUCCCCUGGUACUGUCCCGGCAUAUUCUGGCAAACCAUUUUAGCAUUGCCUGACACUCAGGCAUCGGCGCUGUUUCCGGUUCCUUCUAGUAGUUGUUUCAACUCCACCUGCUUUCAGUAAAUGAGCAAAACGAGAGGGUACUGUUUAGUGGAAACCUUCAAACACAAUGUUGUAUUUUACCUCCUUUUUCUUUCUGUAUCUCUAUGCCUUGGUUUAUAAACAUUGUUAUUUUUAACUAUAAUAAAAAAAGUAAAAAAUAUAACCUUUAUGUGAAUUUGAAACUCAAAGUAGAAAUGCUUUUAAUCUUAACUAAUCUUAAAGAGGCACUUUGGGCACCAUAACAAAUGUCCUGGCCGUAUACUUUACUUUAAAGGUUAAACUGUUAAUGAACAGUUAACGAACCCCAAAGUCUUCAAUACUUAAAGGCUGAGGGCAUCAGCUGACGCUCUAAACCUAUCAGUGCCGCCCUGUUUGAGGCUUCAUGAUGGAAGUCUUGGACCGGAAUGGAAGUAAAAGGGCAGAGCUAUCAGGCAUCAGAUCUAAUACUCUGGAGUCAAACCAUUUGUUGAUGGUUUUUAAACCCUUAUGGUAACAUGCUCCCAGGACCAGCUUGCACCACAACAACUUCAUUCAAAUGGAUCUGUUAUGGUGCUCAAAGUGUUCCUUUAAAUUGCUACAAUGCACAGGAACACUUUAAGCACCACAAGAAAAACAAAAUAUUAGUAUCAAUUAUAUAUAAAAGAUUUUUUUCGGCACUAUUAUUCAACAAUAGCAAUAAAACAAUAUAAAUGAACAGUGUGAUACAUUUUGCGUAAUAAUAGAAAAAUAGGGAAAUGGUGACUGGCAAAGCACGUGAUGUCAUGAGUAUCCAAACACGUGUUUCCCUUUUCUAAGAAAAAAGUAACAGGUCUCCAGCACAUGAUAAUUAUUGGAGAUUAGAAAAAGAUUCAGCUCAAUAUUUAAUAGUAUAUCUACAAUAAGAAAGUCUACUGCUAAGUAGUAAAUUCAGUAAUCCAAGUGGAAUUAAUAUUACAGGACCGCGUUUCGGUUACUUUCCAAACCCUUACUUACCCUAGUUUGUGCAGAGAGAAGAUAUACCUGAUCUUAAGGGUUUAAUUAAUGAUUCACUGGUCAUAAUUUCUAGCUGUUCCUGUCUGCCUGAAUGGUAUGGUCCACAAUGUACCUCAAGGUAUGAUGACUGCAAAGUGGAUUCGGGUGAUCUUUGUAUACAUGGCAUCUGUGUAGAUUUAGAUCGAACUCAGUUAAAUCAGGUAAGCUAAUGUUGCCUUCUGGUAAAUCCAAAAAGUAGAUCCCCAGAUGUUUUCAAACUACAGCUUCCAUGAUGCUUUGUCAUUUAGGAGCAUUGUAAAGGAAUGCAAAACAUCAUGGGAGUUGUAGUUCUCCAACAUCUGGGGAUCUACCUUUUAAAUCUCACUUUAAAACUAAAACGUUUAUUAUCAAUAUAACAUUGUGAGUCUCAAGUUGAUGGUAUAUUGAGUGGGAACCUAGAACUGAAUUCACAAUGCAGUACAAGACUUGCUGGCGUCAGCACCAACUUUAUGUAGACAAGCACAAUCAUUCGCAGGUUGAGAACUUGGAAAUCAGUGGCCACUUGGACAUUGCUGAUGGCCAAUAUGUAGAAAAAAAAUGGCAGAACCAGACUAGGCAUUGGACUGCAUCAAGCAUUUCCUCCUAGUUUAAGAAAGGGCAAGCUCGGAUAUAUGUUUAUCUGUGUGGCAUGAAAAGAAGAGAAGACACACAGAAGUUAAGCUUGGGAAGGACGUCUUAAAUGGCAAGGGAAAGUGAAGGAAUAAAAAGUUGAGUGAAAAAUAUUAGGGACAUAUUAGGAAAUAAUGCAAAAGGAUGAGAGACAAAGGCAAGGGAGAAAGAGACUGGAUGUACCCAGUAAUAGUCUUACACUGGGUUCCCUGACUGUUAUAGACCACAGCUGGUGCUGAGAAUGAAAUAUAGGUAAACCUUAUAGCCUGACCAUACAUAACACAUUAGUAUUAUUAUUGUGACCAAUAUGGACUUUUAACAAUAUGCAAAUGAGAUUCAAAUAGACACUAUAGUCACCAGAACAACUACAGCUUAUUGAAUUUGUUCUGGUGAGUAGAAUCAUUACCUUCAGUCCUUUUGCUGUAAACACUGUCUUUUCAGAGAAAAUGCAGUGUUUACAUUAUAGCCUAGUGAUAACUUCACUGGCCACUCCUUAGAUGGCUGUUAAAGAUCCUUCCUCGGUCAUGGCUGCCUAAAAUGCAUCCAAAUAUUCAGUAUCUCCUCCCUGUGCAUGCAGACACUGAACUUUCCUCAUAGAGAUUCAUUGAUUCAAUUCAUCUCUAUGAGGAGAUACUGAUUGGCUGGGGCUGUGUUUGAAUCAUGCUGGCUCUUCCCCUGAUCUGCCUCUUUGUCAGUCUCAACCAAUCCUAUGGGGAAGCACUGUGAGUGGAUCAGGCUACCAGAGGUACAGCUUCAGGCUUGAAUACAGUAAGAUUUUGCUAUAUUUAUGGAGGCAUGAGGGAGCCAGGGGGGCUAGAUGGUGGUUUUAACACUAUAGGGUCAGGAAUACAUGUUUGUGUUCCUGACCCUAUAGCGAUCCUUUAAUGAAUGCAAACAAUGCAUUUACCUGAUAGCGAAUGUUUAUAUGAUAUAAACACACACACUGUACAUAAUAUAAUUUAGUAGGAUUCUAGAGAUUUCAUUGAAAAAGCUAACUAUUGUCCCCUCCCCCUUUUAGUCAUCUUAGUGCCAGAUUACUUGUAUGUUAACAAAUUUUAUGUACUCUUUCUAUUUAUAACUUGGCAUUGCUGUUGGCAGCCCAAAUUCCGAUGUAUCUGUGAAUCAGGAUGGAUGUCGCCUCCUGGGAGUUCAGUCUGUAGUGCCGAUAUCAAUGAAUGCUUGCUUCCCAACUCUCCCUGCUCCCAGAAUCCUCCGGUACAGUGCUUUAACACACCAGGAUCUUUCACGUGUGGCACAUGUCCAGAAGGUAUAUUUCUUAUUCACAUCCUGUAAAAAUUCUGCAUAUCUAUCAGAGGCUGCUUUUUGUUCCUAUAAUGAUCCAUGCACUCAUUUUUAAUGUAUAUUCUAAAUAUAAACUAUGUAUGUGUACUCUAUGUUUGUAGAGAUGAAAAUAAUAAAAAUAAUAAUUUUGAAACAAGAAAUCUGCAUUAACUCUGACCUGUAAUGAUUGGGCUAGUUAUCUCUUUAACUGUGUCGUUGAUUAGAGACAUUUUUAAAGAUACAUGCUUACUGCGCUUAAUUCACUAUUCCAUUACAGCUUUUCCAAAAGUGCCUGGGUUUUACACUUUUUUACAUUAUUAGGGGUGGUCUAUGUGAAUUAUCAUAUACAUGUACACUGACCAGCCACACUGACCUGCCUAAUAUCUUGUCCGGCUCGUGCUACAGAAAAGCUCUGAUGAGUCAGGGCAUGGAUUUCACAAGACCUCUGAACGUGUCCUGUGAUCUCUGGCACCAAGACAUUAGCAGCAGAUCUUUUAAAGGAACACUACAGUGUAAGGAAAACAAACAUGUAUUCCUAACAUUAUAGUGCUUGAAUACAUUUUUAGGGACCACCCCCCUCUCUGUAGAGUGCAAAGGUGUUAAACUUACCUUUUCUCCACCGCCACGACGGUCUCGCCACAGCUGGCCCCAUCUUUUCACUGUUGAGAUCAUCAACUUGAUGAUCUUAGUUAAUCAAAUGAAAACGUGACCAUAUAGUCAUUGUUUUUUAUUAAACUUAGAGAUUUAGGUAGAAAAAAAAAUACUCAUGUCCAUCAAGUUCAACCUUUAUUACAAUUCAUUUUUUUCGGUUCAUCUAGAAAAAGCAAAAAAUACAAAAAAACUAAUUUUGAAGAAAUUGUCAAUUUGCCACAGGCAAAAGGGAAGGAAAUUCCUUCUAAACUUCAUAGUGGUAAUCAGACCCAUUGGAUUAACAACCUUCUCCUACGUAUAUAUCUUCAAGUGAUCUAGGUUUGACUUUAAUUAAAAUUUAUAACCAAAUAGAAUAACAACAUUCAGAUCCCUUGCUCUCAAUGAAAGAGGUUAGAAAGUAUUGAGUCACUAGAUUGUUGAAUCAGUUUUUGAUGGAAUUUAAUUUUUACCAUGUGUUGUGUCUUCAAGGCUGGCAAGGAAAUGGCUACAGUUGCCAAGACAUCAAUGAAUGUGAUACAAAUAACGGGGGUUGCUCGGUGUCUCCACCUGUCAAAUGUAUGAAUACUAUGGGAUCCUUUCACUGCGGUCCUUGCCCACCAGGUAAAACACUCUGGAUGAAAGAAGAAUGCAAAAACUGUAGUUAUUCGUGCAGGUGCUAAACAUACCGUAUUGUGAUAUUGUGUGAGAUUGAUUAACGGUUUUGAAAAAUGGGUGUAUUGAAAUAUGUUUUAUUUAAGAAUUCCAAACUAUUGGUCAUCUUGGGUAGUUUAUUAAAAAAAAAAAAAAUUAUUGAGCAAUUUUGUAAAAUUUUAACAAUCCCAAUGAAAUCCAAUGGAAUAUUUAUUUUUAUUGCUCAACUUUAAACACUUUUUCCUAGAAUUCUGCUUUGUUAUUCCCCAUGUCUCUCAGAAAAACCUCAGCUGGUUUUAUUUCCUUUAGAUUAUAGCAUAACUAUCUAAUGUAAAGUCAUUUCCCUUUACUUCAAAGACAAUCAAACAGGUCUUCUGGAUGAACAACUGAUUGGAGCUUGUUUUGUUACUAGUCUGGCAAUUUAGAAAAACCAAUAGGAAAGAUAAUGAUUAGUUCCUACUGUGGACCAGUGGGCAAACUCUGGAACUGUGCUUUUUGGCAAGUCCCGAAGACUAUAGGUUAGAAACUGUGUCUCCUUUGAACAAAUCACAUGGUAAAACACGUCUAUUCUCCUUGGAAAACUCUACUUGCUGUUGGUGAUUUGUCCUUCUGCACAUGAACAAUAAGGUGUUUUGAAUAGGCAUAUAAGCCGUGCACCAGAAUAGUUCUUCUAAAGGACAAUCUCAGGAAAUGAGGAUAUUCUGAAGCAGAUUCCUUUGCUCCAGAGCUUCCUAACACCUUACUUAAGUCAACGCAGCUGUGGAAGUUUACAGGAAGUUCUCAUAUGCUUACAGAUUGACCUAUCGAAAUAAUAAAAACAUUAUCUGGGGGAUUUUUAAGACAUACUAUAGAGCCCAAACUGAUGAGUGCAUUUUGAGUACUGAAUUUGUGAGCCCUGUCCUUUCAGUGUGAAUGUUAGGGCUGCUCCAAAUUUGCAUUGCUGUUUUUGCAAACAAAAUGAUCAAAAUGUAAUAGUCAUCCAUUAAUGGUGUGAUUGAAAGGUCAGCUUAUUGGGUUACUUUGUGUUGGCAAUGAAUGGAUUAAAGGAAAAUCAUCAAUGUUUGGGUUUUUUUUUUUUUAAAUUUAAAAAAUGUUUAUUUAGAUAAGGCAAUUGCAGGAAAAUAUAAUCAUUAAUCGAAUCAGUAAUAAAGUGUAAUGUCAGUUUUUGUUUGAAAAAGGUAUCAGCAGAAUAGUAUGACAAAAGAAUGUCAGACAUACGUAAGUAAAAGUGUAGUACAGGCAAAACCCAGCGCAAAUGGAUGAUGAAAACAGAUUGUAGAUAAAAUUUCACCAAUGCCAGGUAUUAUAUCUCUCUCUAUGUAAAAAAGGAACAUCAUUUAUAAGGUAAUACAAAAGAAAAUAGAGUUCCCAGCUUGACCAGCAGAUGAGCACAGACCAGCACCAUGUUUCAGACUUCAUACAUUUCUGCAGAUACCCUUAGGAAUGGACACUGUUUUAAACACAGCUCUUUAAAACGAAAGCUUGGGGCCGUGAUCCAAAAGAUUCAGUUACCAGAAACCAGUCACGGACUGCAGUUUCGACCUUGUGGGUCAAAUCAGCAUGCCACCGGUUCCGGUCUGGAAUUGGAAGUCAAGCUUGGAACUCUGCGAUAGUUAUGGAAACAUGACUUCUUACGUUUCUUAUGCCCACGAAAAACAUCUUCUCUAGUCCAACUUAAGAUAUGAAAGUGAUGUUUAACAGUAAUAUACAGAUAUAUACAUACAUACACUUUAUUAAAAUGAUAAUAUUCAUAAUUACAUACCAUUCGAUGAAAACAAAAACAUUGAAAAAAAUAUUUAAUCUGUAGAUGUUCAAGUACAAUUUUGCAUGCCAGAAACAGUUGAACAUCACAAUGCUGUAUUCGCCAGAAAGGAGUCUCUUGUAUCUUGUUGAAAUAUAAACAUAUCAUUGGCUUCAGUGAAAAAGUAAAUAACUGAAUUUCUGCCAAUCACAAUGUAUGUUUUGGCUUUAAUUCCCAUGUUUAUGUAAAUGACCUGUUUGAAGGUUUUAAACCAGUAUCAGAAUUUGGACUUUGAAGCAGCUUUUCUAAGAGUUUAUGACUAUUAUUCUGAUCUUCAACCUGCUGGCUACAUCCAGACACGAUCCCUUGACAGAGAACACAAGGUUACAGAAAGUAAAUUAAACAACAUGAAAAAAUGAUCUAAAACAUGUUUUUUUCUGUUUCAUAAAAUUGAAAGAGCUGCUUGUGGUGAGCUUACCGACGACAAACUUAAAUUUAAAAUUUGAAUAACUAAAUGUUUGAGAAAUUAUGUGUUCCGUUCCAGCCUUGGCUUAUUCCAUCAUCUGCCUAGUUUAUGCAUUUUGCAGUAAAUGCUCCACUAUAUCUAGACAUGUCUGUAGAACUAAUAUAGGCCUCAAUUUAAUAUUUUUGGAUAAGCUUUUCAAAUGAUUUAAUAUUUUUGAAGAAUGCUCUUAUAUUUUAAUUGUAAUAUAUUUUUUUAUAUAUGAUAUAUUUUUUAGAUUUUUCUCAAAUUUUGAAAAAAAAAUAGUUUAAAAGUUUAUCCAAAAAUAUUAUAUAAAAGCCAUAAUUCAUGUUAGUAGAAAGUCCUUCACAUCCAGCAUGUGCUUUACAGAUGCCAAUUUGAUUUUUUUAGGGUGGGCUAGAGCACUUAAAUUGUUGGGAUCCACAGGAACUAAGAAAUAAAAUCUAAACUUGGUCCUUGUUUGUGUUAAUAAUUUACUUGGGUUGAUUGAAAACGUAUUAUUGCAGCAUGUGUUACAAUAUUUGUGUGCAUGUCAAUACACCUCCAUUAUUUCACAGAAUUUUAAAAUUAUAUUUUCAAUAAUUCUGUUUCGAAGUUAUGAUAUUGGAUGGAUCAAAUAUUUUCAAUUCACAUGUUGAGCUAGAACUGUGAGCCCAUGUGGAGUUUAGUUUUCAGAAUAGGUAGCCCUAGGUAUUCUGAGGACCAAUAAUCUAUUCAUUUCUGAAGCUUUAUAGUUUGCCAAGUUAUAUUUUUAUCAAUAUGUCUCAAUCCAGUCUUAACAACAAUAGUUCUUCCUUUAGUUUUGUCAUUCUCCUACUUUGAGAUAUUUUAUAGCAAUGCAUGUAAAGAAAGCAUGCUCUGUGUCAGGUAUGUCUAACAAUCAAAGACAAAAUGACCAGACAAACACUCACUUCCCCGAGGUUUCCCGAGUCAUAACCUGAUUAAUAGUAAAAUAAUGAAUUAAUGCUCUGCCUCUCUGGAUACUGUGAAGUGUACCUUGUUGAGUCACUAUUCAGAAGACCCUGCAACGUUUAAACUCAAAGCAUCUAAUGAAUAUCUAAAGUUCAUACAACUAGUACAAAAGGUUUAUAAGUCGAAGGUAAUGUUUGUAUCAUUCUAAGGACCAGGAUGUAUAGAUUAAUAAUCUGAACUACUGAUUUAAAAUUUUAUAUUCUUAUUCUUUCUGUUACUACAUGAAUGAGAGAGGACACCAGAUAUGGUUAAAAUUGUAUCUGUUCUACUUGAUAUUCUCAUAAUCUAAGAAAUGAUAGUGCAUGUAAAGAACAACACACAAAUGCAGGAAUAGUUUGUCAGAGAAUAAAAUAUAAAUGGUUUUAACAUUAUAUUUUUCGGUGAUGAUAUUUCCAAUAAUUUUUCCCUGUGAAAUAUGACUAUUUAUGCAGUUCUGUCAAUAUAUAGUUCAUGUGUAAUAUUAUAUUUUUAAUUUGUCAUUAAACUAGGUUAUGACGGAGACGGACAUACUUGUACCCAAAAAGAUGUGUGUUCAGUGAACAAUGGAGGAUGCCACCCGUUAGCCUCCUGUGCUCCUGCUGAAGGUAAUACAAUAAAGCAUGUUUCUUCUUAAUCAAUAAUUGAUACUAAAAUAAAUCUUCUAAAAUAGCUUUCUGCUGUGUAAUUCAUGUAAACAGAUAGCUAAAUUAAAUGUUAAAAACACAUAAUUGAUUUUAUCGAUUUUACUGAAAAUUGGGCAAUGUAUCUGCCAAUGCAAAUGUUUAACUGUGCAUCACUCGUAUUAACGUAAGUGAACAAACCAGACAAGUAUGUAGAACAGGAGUGCUUGACAUAACGCUCAAGUACAAUAAAUAACGUUUUUGCCAUUUGUGGGCUGGAGUUUGACGCCUUUGGAGCAGAUAGAAGCUGUCAUUAAAAAACAUUAUUAUUAAAUCCAUGAUGUAUCAGAUAUGACUAGUCUUCAGGAGGUUCUAUAGAAAAGAUAUAUGAUAUCUUGGGAAUAUUUUGUAUUGAUGGGACCUGGUGAGUAAGAUAUUUCAUAGUUGUCCUUGUCAUAUGUUUAUCUUUCAAAAUAUUUGUUCCAUCUUCUGUUGAAGGAAACAGAAAUCUUGAGGUCAUAGACUGCACUGAACCUUAAACUAUACAUCAUAUUUAAUGGCUUUGGAAGCUAGCUAAAUCUGGCAUUUUAAAUCAGUUGAUAUCUGAAAGCUCACUAUGACCUGCAAUGGCUUUAUUUGUACAUCUUUGUUGUAGAUGGUUUCUGGGUAUAGAAAGCACAAUAGCAUUAAAUUAACACUUUAGGAAUAUAGAUGUAUUCCUAACACUAAUGUGUUCCUCUGACCUGACAGCCCCCUGGCUAUGUAAAGGAUUAAAUAACACUUUAUUCACUUACCCAAUGCCAGCACUGAUGUUCCUCGGUGCUGGGUCAUGCUUAACCUCCUCUGAUGUCAACCAAUGAGUGCAGCUAAUUUGCAUGUGCUAUGUUUACAUCUGAAGGGUUAAAACCUGAGUGACCUGGCACCCAGACCACUUCAUUGAGCUGAAGUGGUCUGGGUGACUAUAGUGUCCCUUUAAAAAAAAGAAAUGACGAAGGAAGAAUAAUAGAGAAAUAAAACCACGUGGGUGUAAAAAAAAAAAAAUUAUAUAUAUAUAAAUUGAAGAAAAAAUGUUGUCUGUUAAUUAUAUGUUUUUACAUUUUUUAUGACAGUGCCUCUUUAAUAUAAUUUUUUUUUUUUAAAUGCAAAAAAAGCAAUUUUUAAUGGAAUGGUUCUACAUUAACAAACAGUUUUAUAAGAUUACAGACACUCUCUGCCAUGUAUUUGUCACAUAUUCAAACACCAUAAAAUACUUUUAUGUCCUAUAAUAGAUGGUGUUUUGCCUAUUUGUGUCUGUCCACCCGGUUACGAUGGCAAUGGGUAUGGCUCCACUGGUUGUUUGCCCUUCAGUGACAUCUGUGAAAAAUACAACCCUUGUGUCAAUGGAGAGUGCAAGGUAUGUGCUAAGAACACUAAGACAAAGCAAAUUAAAUCUCAUGAAAUAUUUAAAAAUAGCACGUUGAAAUAAAUCUUGUGUACAUCUAUAUAACAUACAUAGGUAUAUAUAUGUGUAACACAAAGCUCCAUAUUAGUAAAAUAUACUGUGAACAUGCAUAAAAACUAAUUUGUACAACUAAAAUAAUUAAAUUUUGUUCUAUAUAACCUAAUCAUAGACCUAAAAUAUAAGCCAGCCUAUAAAUUCUCAGCCAGCUUCAAGAUAUUGUGCCCUCCUUUGGCCAUUUUAAAUCUUGGAACGUCUUCUCCAUCGAUAGAUAUAUUUUUUUAUAACUACGUUUGCCAGAUUCACCAUGUGUUCUUAGACCUGUAAUAAUUCUAUAUGUUGGUAAUGAAUCAGUUUACUUAUUAGUUACGUAUUUUGACGUACUCAAAGUAAAAGGAUAUAGGACAAAGUGGUCCAAGUACAUAAUUUCUUUAUCCUAGCUACAAAUAGUACAUACUAGAACGCAAAACUUUUCAUAUACCACCCAACAGCAUAUGUUAAAGGAAACAUGGUAGGUCUCUAAACAGGCCUAUCUGAAACUUUCAUUGUAGAAUAAAAUAUUUGUAAAAUGAACAAAAUAUUAUAACAUUAAGUAGCAUACUCCAUGGGAAAUAAGAAAUAUGUUUGUUUUUAAAUAUACUAAGAUUUUAUUUUUUUUCUUUCCUUUACGAUGUUUAUAGCCCAGUGUAUCAGGCUAUUUAUGUAAGUGUAAUUCAGGAUGGAAUGGUGUGAACUGUACGGAUAACAUCAAUGAAUGCUCCAGCAAUCCUUGUCAGAAUGGAGGCAAUUGUACGGAUGGGAUUAACAGUUAUGCCUGUAACUGCACAAACAGCUGGACUGGAUUCCAUUGUGAGAUCCCCAAACAAGGUACCCCUUGCUGUGCCUAUUUAUUCAUAUGGUCAUAUAUUAUAUAUUGUCUGCUUGGGGCUGACUGAGAACUCUUACGCUUGGUCACACACUGACGUUCAACAGAAAUACAUCAUCCACAUUCACACACUAACACGCCACAAAAAUAUACUCAGAUUCACAUGCUGACACUACACAUAAUUACAUUCCCACAAUCACACACUGAUGCUCCAUAGAAAUAUACUCUUCACAUACACACCGUGAUCUUAUACAGAAAUACCCCGUCCACAUUCACAUUCACACACUACCACUGCACAUAAUUACACCCUUGACAUUUACACACAGGCAUUCCACACAGUGAUGUCCCAAACGGUUCGCUGGCGAAUAGUUCCUGGCGAACAUCGCUUGUUCGCGUUCGCCAUGGAUGGCGAACAAAUGCGCUGUUCGGUCCGCCCCCUAUUCGUCAUCAUUGAGUAAGCUUUGACCCUGUACCUCACAGUCAGCAGACACAUUCCUGCCAAUCAGCAGCAGACCCUCCCUCCCAGACCCUCCCACCUCCUGGAUAGCAUCCAUUUUACAUUCAUUGUAAAGCUGCAUUCUUAGUGAGAGGAGGGACAGUGUAGCUGCUGCUGAUUUGAUAGGGAAAUUGAUAGCUAGGCUAGUGUAUUCAGUGUCCACUACAGUCCUGAAGGACUCAUCUGAUCUCUGCUGUAAGGACAGCACCCCAAAAAGCCCUUUUUAGGGCUAGAACAUCAGUCUGCUUUUUUUUUCUGUGUAAUGUAAUUGCAGUUGCCUGCCUGCCAGCCUGUGUGUCAGGCUCACAGCAUAUACUGUGCCCACUUGCCCAGUGCCACCACUCACUCACUGGUGUCACAAUAGCUUGCAUUUCAAAAAAACAAAAAACUUUUUUGACUGUAAUAUAAUAGCAGUCAGUUUCCUUCACUAGUGUGCUUUUCAGGGCCUGCCCAGUGCCACCACUCAUUCACUGGUGUCCCAAUAGCUUGCAUUUAAAAAAAACUAAACUUUUUGGACUGUAAUAUAAUAGCAGUCAGUUUCCUUCACGAGUGUGCAUUUCAGGGCCUGCCCAGUGCCACCACUCACUCACUGGUGUUCCAAUAGCUUGCGUUUAAAAAAAAACAAAAACUUUUUGGACUGUAAUAUAUAGCAGUCAGUUUCCUUCACGCGUGUGCGUUUCAGGGCCUGCCAGGGCACAGUGUCACACCAGUGCAACUCAUAUCUGGUGUAACAGUAGUGUACAUUUUAAAAAAAAAUAUACAAUUUUGACUGUAAUAGAUUGAAUAGCAGUUAGUUGUCUGCCAGCGUGUGUGUCAGGCUCACAGCGUAUACUGUGCCCACUUGCCCAGGGCCACCACUCAUAUCCGGUGUCACAAUAGCUUGCAUUUAACAAAAAAAAACUUUUUGGACUGUAAUAUAAUAGCAGUCAGUUUCCUUCACACGUGUGCAUUUCAGGGCCUGCCAGGGCACAGUGUCACACCAGUGCAACUCAUAUCUGGUGUAACAGUAGUGUACAUUUAAAAAAUAAAAUACAAUUUUGACUGUAAUAGAUUGAAUAGCAGUUAGUUGUCUGCAAGCUUGUGUGUCAGGCCUACAGCGUCUACUCUGCCAACUUCUGCCACUGCACAGUGCCACUCAUAUCUGUUGUUACAGUAGCUUGCAUGCAUAGUACCACUAAUCGGAAAAAAAAUGACAGGCAGAGGCAGGCCACCCCGCAGGGACCGUUGUGGUCGUGGUGCUGUGAUUCCCUUUGGCCCUAGAAUAAUGCCCAGUGUUCAGAGGCCACGUACCCUGAACUCGAGGAGUCUGACGAAGAGGAGUCAGAGGAGGAAUGUGGCUUUGAGGAGGUGGAAGACCAAACACAGCAGGUGUCCCAGGGGGCUUGUUGUCACCUUUUGGGGACCCUUGAUGUUGUAUGUGGCUGGGUGGACAAAGAGACCUUCAAUGACAUAAGUGAGGACAAGGAACAGGACAUGGCUAGCUUGGUAUCCAACCUUGUGCAAAUGGGGAGUUUUCGGUUGUGCAAAUGGACUGUUUGCGGUUGUUUGCGGUGCGUUAAACGGGGAGUUUGGUCUGUCACUGUGAAGCGGGCGUAACCCUUACACUACCUGAUCGAUACAACAUCAUACCUGAUGUUUUAAAGCACGUUAUUCCAAACAAUUUAGGAAUGUUAGGUGAUUUAUGCCCUUUAUGGAUUAAAACCAGACUCUGCAUCAACUAUGUAAUUUUCCAUGGGAGUUUUGCCAUGGAUCCCCCUCCGGCAUGCCACAGUCCAGGUGUUAGUCCCCUUGAAACAACUUUUCCAUCACUACUGUGGCCAGAAAGAGUCCCUGUGGGUUUUAAAAUUCGCCUGCCUAUUGAAGUCUAUGGCGGUUCGCCCGGUUCGCCAGUUCGCAAACAUUUGCGGAAGUUCGUGUUCGCCGUUCGCAAACCAACAAUUUUAUGUUCGCGACAUCACUAAUUCCACAUAAAUAAACCAUCCUCAUUUACACACUGAUGAUAAAAAUAGAGAUACCCCCAUUCACACACUGACUCUCUACACAAAUACAACCCACAUUAACACACUGAUGCUCCACUCAAACACCCCAUUCCAAAUGAUGGUGCUAUGGAUAGAGGGGUAAUGUCAUUAUGUGUGAUUAUUUUUAAGGGUGCUGAGUAACUUGUUGGUGAUGUGAUUGCUUAGGUUUUGGGUGUUGGGAUUUUAAGGUUGGGGUAAUAUGAUUGAGGCUAGGGGUUUAUGAGGACUAUGGGAAUGGGGGUUAGGUUAAAGUUGCACAUACUGCUUCUGUAUGUAUACUACUAACUUUGUAUAACAAGAAUUGUAUUUCACUAUAAUGUCAUUAUUUUGUAUUUUUUGCAAAUAUGUAUAAUUCAGUGUUGCAGUAGAUUAUACAAAUUGUAAGUCUUUGUUUUCUUGUUUAGCUUGUGGUGGGGAUUUAAGUGGUUUAUCAGGAACAUUAAGUUACCCCAACAAUCCAGGGGGGGAACAGUACGAACAUCUACUGAGCUGUACCUGGGUAAUCAGAACAGUCCCAGAUAAGGUAAGGACAAAUGCUUAAUUCAAUAUAACUCUGCUCUAUACUAAUUUACCAUCUAACUGCAAUCACGGAAGUAACAAUAUAACACUUUUAUUAAGCAAUUAUAGUCAUAUAUGUGAUGCUUAUCUUGCCAUCCAGUGCUUUUAGUGCCAGGUUUCAAGAUUCAUAGAAGUAAAAAAAAACAAACUAUAUUGAACAAGGGAUUGGUGUCUUUACCUCUUAAACACAGUUAGUGUCCCUUUAAGCAUUCCUCCUAACAUCAUGUUUAGGAGGAAUCCUUAAAGGGACACUAAACUGUGUUUAAGAGGUAAACAUCAUGUUAGGAGGAAUGCUUAAAGGGACACUAAACUGUGUUUAAGAGGUAAAGACACCAAUCCCUUGUAUUCAGCACAGAAGUAAUAUGAAAGUAUAUACAGGGCUCCCAUCAGAAAUUUUGGGGCCUUAGUUGACAUCACAUGCACAUAUGUACCCACAUUUAUGAUUGGUAAAAUAAAACACAGUCAUUAAAAAUCUUCAGGAUGUUUUAAAAGAAUGUGCAGUGCGUCAUCCAUUGAUUUACUGAUGAUUCUCAAAAUUAAUCUACAUUUUCUAUCUUCAGAGUCUGCGUAUUACUUUCGAUCACUUCCAGUUGGAGGCCAGUGCUACAUGUGACUCACAGUUCCUUGAAAUUCAUGAUGGAGAAUCGAUGUUAAGUGUUAAGUUAGGAAAGUACUGUGGCACAAAUGUUCCGAGAAAUGUUGUGAGCUCCCAUAAUUCCUUGUUCCUCUGGUUUCAAUCUCAAAGUAGCUCGAGUGCUGGACGUUUUCAGCUUUCUUGGGAAUCCAUAACUCCAGGUAAAAUAGUUUCAUCACAUUUUUAGGAUGUUCUAGGAUGUAUCAACAUGUAUAAUCAUUUUAGGAUGUAUCAACAUGUUUACUAUAAAUAUUGUUGCAUAAUAUGUUGAAUAGAUUUUUAAACUUACAGGUAUAUUUUAUGUAAAGGAGCACAUAUACAAGGUCACUUGGCCUGAGACAAUGAAACCCUUCCAAUCUAUUGAUACUUUUUCAAGACCAACCGCUUAUCGUUACUGUGCAGGUAGUUACCAGCUGCCAGUACUGAAAGUCGGUCACUAGAUAGCUGCUCAUGACUCCCAUUAUUAUGUAUGGGAGCCAUUACCCUGUACUUAGAAAAAUGUUUGCAACCCUCUCACUAUUCUUCACCAUCUAUCUCUAAAUCAAAAAACAUAACACCAUCCUCUGAAUGUUUAUUCCCUAUGCAUCCAAUUGGGACAAAAUGGGCAGCUGGCCAGCCGUGACUUGCCUGUCACCAAGUGCCACACAGGGUGAAGUGCUCAUGCUCUGGUGUGGGUUUCUGUGCUUUUGGAAGCAAGAUACGAGCAUGCCAGUGGUUGGUAUCUAGCAAUAAGUUAUUGUAGCUGCUCCAAGCUGUCAGCUGUUAUUAAUAAAACAACUUACAGCAGCUACUUACCAACACAUUUGUAAAAGAGACCAGAGUGUCAAAUAUCUUGCAAGCUGUGAAGAAAUGACUCCGUUAAUCAGGAUUUCUACCUUUUGUUGUACAGUUAAUUCACCAAAACCCAGCUGGAAUUCGGCAUAUAGCUUUCAUUUCUACCCUUCGGAUGGAUUCAGGCGAAUUCCCUGUGUAAAAUAUAGAUGGCCGCCAUUUCGGCACUUUACACGUGGCCGCGGCCAUUUUACGUGCGAACAGCGGUGUUUGCCCGUCAACGCGUGGAACUAAAAUCGGAUACGCAAACAGGCGAACACCGCUGAGACCUCCAUACAUCCAGAACUUCGCACGGGAACGACCGAAUCACCGGCCGUUCGGUAGUUACAUGCAACUUCGUAUGGGGAUUUCAACGAUCACAAAGAUGCGAAUGGAUGGCAGGGUUUUCGUCUCUUUUAUUCGCCUAAACGGAGACCGACCGCAGGGCCAAAACUUAUGGAACUAUUUUCGGCUAGAUGGUCCGUGCGGUCGGUCAAAACUUUAGUGUUCCAUAACUCCCGAACCAUCCAUCCGAAUGGACUGAUUUUUUGAUAUGUUGUCCCCACAAAUGAGAACUAUCCAGCGGUACCCAAUUUAAAGGUGUACCCCCUGUUUUUGGGGUACAUCCAGAACUGUGGUAAAAUAGUGCACGUUUUAAUUAAGUUAACUGUUUAUCAGAGGGGAGGGAGGUAUGGGCUGUAACCUAUACCUGAUUGGUGAUUUAAUGCCUCCCCCUGGGUGUGUACUUCUUGUCUGUAACCUUAAUAAAAAGCAGGCUGGAGAUUCCAGACCUCAGAUCUACUUGUAUCCUGAUUCUGGACUCUGACUGUUAUUUGGGAAUUCGUAUGCUUUACCAAGGGGAUUAUCUUGGGAAGCUGUUAUAUUUCUUAUGGACUUCAUUGCUUAGAACUACCUUAGACGCUGACAUUGCAGGAGGAAUUAUCAAAGCGGUUCAGCUAUACUUGAUUUCCUUACAACUGGUGGCAAGCGGAGGGAUUCGAAUCCCAAAUGGACAUUUCAAAACAAGCAAAGGAAUGAAUGGCUCAGCAGUACCAGCUACUUAAAAGAACCACGCUAAAGGACUUACUGGAAGCUCGAGGCAGAGUGGCAAGUAACAAAACAAAAGCCACGUUAAUUGCGGAGCUAAUGCAGAGCGAUAAUACCAGUAAUAUAGAGAUGGAUCAAGAGGAAGAAACCGUGAUGCAAAAGGACAUCCGAUGGACACUCAGUUUAUUGGGACCCAAUCCAUCCUCAGAGGCAAUACUGCAGGUCGUAGCACAAGCCAGACAAGCGCAAAAAGAGUGAGAUGACCGGGACAGAUCGUCACAGGGGGAUUUGCUACACUCCCCGAGAAGUAUUGGGGAAAUACCAAAGAAGGUAAAUUAUGCAGCGUUUAAAUCAUUUGUUGACAAUGAAAUGGAAAUUGACAGUUACUUGCAAGACUUUGAACGUCAGUGUGCACUGGAGGGAUUAGACUCCACCAAAUGGGCUGCAGUCUUCAGCAGUAAAUUGUCAGGUAGAGCAGCCGAGGCGCUGCGAGCAGUACCUGAGGGGGACAUACAUAAUUAUGAGAAAAUAAAAGACAUUUUGUUGGCCAGAUAUGCGGUAACUCCGGAGGCAUACCGGAAAAAGUUUAGAGAACUGAGAAAGACUGGGAGAGAUUCCCAUACGGAAUGGGCUUUUCGCCUGCAGCGGGCAGCCCGCAAUUGGAUGAAGGGCUGCCAGGCAACCACCCUAGAAGAAGCUUUGCAACUAGUGAUACUGGAGCAAUUUUUUAAUCAUACUGCAGAGGACAUAAAAGACUGGGUAAAAGAUAGGAAACCAAAAACCGUGGAGGAGGCCGCUAGGCUAGCGGACGAGUACCAGGAUAACAGGAGGAAGGAGCAAGGGGCGAGCAGACCACCAUUUAAGCCUCAGUACACAGCUCCAACAAACCCGGCUCCACCUAGACCUGCCAUAGGUAACCCCCCACCGAACCCAGCAAACACACCUCGACCUCCUGCAGUGUGUCACUACUGCAAGCAACCAGGACAUUACAAGUAUCAGUGCCCUCGCUUAAACCGGGGAAGCUGGGAACGGCCAGCCCCACAACAACCCAGGGCAGCUGCUCACUGUGUGCAACAGGAACACACAGGCCCUGCCCUUAACCACGAAGAACAGUGGAGUGUAUUACAUGAGGUCAAUCCAGUACAAGCUGGGGGGGACAACCGGGACCACCACCGCCAAUGGAUUACCGUCGAUGGCGUGGGGGCCCGGGCGCUGAGAGACUCUGGGGCUACUUUGACUGUGGUACAGCCCCACACGGUCAGAGCACAAGCUCGCACCGGACGCACAGUCGCUGUAAGGGUGGCUGGGGGCGCUAUUCACAAACUGCCCACCGCUAAUAUGCUUGUUGAUUGGGGUUCCGGGUCUAAACAACUGGAGGUGGGGAUUAUGCAAGAACUGCCCGCCGAGGUUUUGUUGGGAAAUGAUGUGGGAUGCCUAACCUCUCAACUAGCCCGAGACCCCCCUGCCGAGGCCUACCCGGUUACCACCCGAGCUCAAGCCAGACUGGAAGCUCCGCUGCACUCUGAGGAAAACCAGGUAAGAGUCGAAAUACCCCCUUACCCGAUCCCCCCGUACCCUUCUGGGAUACCCCCCAGGGGUUUGAACAGGAACAGCGUACUGACCCCACAUUAGAAGGCUAUAGGAAGGCCGCGGCCGCUACCCCCGAGAACAACCCGCACGAAAAAUUUGAAUGGUAUAAGGGGUUGCUAUAUAGGGUAACCGAGGGGGUGGGACAGGGGGCUACCCAGGUCAUAAAAAGACAGUUAGUUGUGCCCCGUAAAUUUCGGGCUGAGUUGUUAAAACUCAGUCAUGACAUUCCCCUAGCAGGACAUUUAGGGGGCAAAAAGACCAGAGACAGGUUAACUCAAACCUUCUUCUGGCCCAGAGCUACCCAGGACCUAAAGUACUAUUGUAGGACAUGUGAUGUAUGCCAAAGGGUAGGAAAAAGGGGAGACCUUCGGAAGGCUAAGCUUCACCCCCUACCCAUCAUCGAACAGCCCUUCCACCGAGUAGCGGUGGAUUUAAUAGGUCCCCUCAGUCGCCCCAGUCCGUCGGGCAAAAAGUUUAUCCUAACGGUGGUUGACUACGCCACUAGAUACCCGGAGGCAGUCGCCCUCACCAAUAUAGAGGCCGAGACCGUGACAGAGGCCCUUAUUCAGAUAUUCACCCGAGUAGGUUUCCCGCAGGAGAUACUCUCCGAUCGGGGGACGCAGUUCACAGCCACCCUGACGCAACAACUGUGGCAGAGCUGCGGAGUGCAGCCCCUGUUCAGCGCCCCGUAUCAUCCCCAGACUAACGGGCUCUGUGAACGUUUCAAUGGCACUCUAAAACAGAUGCUAAAAACUUUUACAGAGUCCCACAAGAAUUGGGAAAAAUUCCUUCCCCACCUUCUGUUUGCCUACCGUGAGGUGCCCCAGGCCUCCACUGGGUUUUCCCCCUUCGAACUCCUGUACGGGAGAAAAGUUCGGGGCCCACUGGAGCUCGUACGGGAACACUGGGAGGGCAAUACAGAUGAGGGGGGAGUCCCUAUCGUCCAGUAUGUCCUGGAGUUCCGGGACCGUCUGCGGGCCCUCACCGAAUCGGUUCGGGAGAACCUGCAGGCGGCCCAGGAGGACCAGAAAAAGUGGUACGAUAGGAGGGCCCAGGAUAGAGUGCUGGACUUAGGGCAGAAGGUACUGGCUAUGAGGCCCGUUAAAAAGGACAAGCUGCAAGCAGCCUGGCAGGGACCCUUUAAGGUAGUGGAACAGGUUAGCGAGACUACCUACAUCGUGAGCAAAUGCUCAGAUGAAAGGCUGACCAAAGCCUUCCAUGUGAACAUGCUCAAACCAUAUUUUGAAAGGACAGAGGAGGUGGGCGCCGUGUGCGCCCCGCCACAGAGGAUAGUGAAGGGCUACCCCUUCCUGACUUACUGGAUACCACCCCCUGUACUAUUGACCAAGUAAGCUUGGGUCAAAAUUUAGACCUCCUGGAGAAAGGGAGGCUACUCAACUGCUGCAGGGAUACCGAGAGAUGUUUUCCGCUACCCCCGGCUAUACCUCCGCUGCGGUCCACCGUGUGGAAACCCAGGGAGAGACGCCCCUACGGCAACAGCCAUAUCGGAUCCCGGAAGCAGUACGUGAGAGUAUGCUCACCGAGUUAAGGGAUAUGUUAAGGCUAGGGGUAAUAGAACCCUCCCAAAGUCCUUGGGCCUCCCCGGUGGUACUAGUACCGAAGCGCGACGGCACUACGCGCUUCUGUGUAGAUUACCGGAGGCUUAACGACCGUACCAUAACCGAUGCCUACCCCAUACCUAGAAUAGAUGAGCUCUUAGAUCGUAUGGCGGGGGGGAACUACUUGACUACCCUGGACCUGUGCAAGGGUUAUUGGCAGAUCCCCCUGGAGCCUGCGGCCAUCCCCAAGUCGGCGUUCGUCACCCCGUUUGGGCUAUACCAAUUCAAGGUUAUGCCCUUUGGGAUGAAGAACGCCCCGGCUACGUUUCAGCGGAUGGCGGAUAGGCUCCUGGAGGGGUUGCAGGACUUCGCAUGUGCGUAUCUAGAUGAUAUUGCCAUCUAUAGCCGCACAUGGGGAGACCAUCUGGGUCAUGUGUCCAGGGUACUCGAACGAAUCCACCUCGCCGGGCUCACUUUGAAACCCGACAAAUGUCACGUAGGCCUAGCCGAGGUCCAGUAUCUAGGUCACCGGGUCGGCUCCGGUAGACAACGCCCAGAGCCCGCUAAGGUAGAGGCCAUAGCUAACUGGCCCCAACCCCGGACCAAAACCCAGGUACUGGCUUUCUUAGGGACGGCCGGGUAUUACAGGAAGUUCGUCCCAGAAUAUAGCGCCCUGGCCAAGCCCCUCACGGACCUUACCAAAAAGGCCCUUCCCAAACAGGUCGCCUGGACCCCAGAGUGCACGGACGCUUUCCAGAAGCUCAAAGCGGCAUUGAGUGAGGCCCCUGUGUUGGCAGCGCCCGAUUACACUAAACAAUUUCUUGUACACACAGAUGCCUCCAUGUUUGGGCUGGGAGCCGUACUAAGCCAGGUUGGGGCGGAUGGCAUGGAACACCCGGUGGCAUACCUCAGCCGUAAACUUUUGCCCCGAGAAGUCAGCUAUGCCACCGUAGAAAAAGAGUGCUUGGCCCUCGUGUGGGCCCUCAAGAAACUUCAGCCCUAUCUGUAUGGGCGAGCGUUUACCCUUAUGACCGACCACAACCCCCUGGUAUGGCUCAACCGGGUAGCUGGUGACAACCCCAGGCUACUCCGGUGGAGCUUAGCUCUCCAACCAUAUAAUUUUACCAUGCAGUACCGUCCAGGUAAACAAAAUGGGAAUGCGGAUGGUCUGUCCCGCCAGACCGAACUGGACACCUAAAAGCGUACUUUCAUCGGACAUCCCCAAGCCAACCCGACAGGGUCUAGGCGGGUAUGCCGACCUAUGGACUUAUAGGGGAGCAGUGUGAAGAAAUGACUCCGUUAAUCAGGAUUUCUACCUUUUGUUGUACAGUUAAUUCACCAAACUCAGCUGGAAUUCGGCAUAUAGCUUUCAUUGCUACCCUUCGGAUGGAUUCAGGCGAAUUCCCUGUGUAAAAUAUAGAUGGCCGCCAUUUCGGCACUUUACACGUGGCCGCGGCCAUUUUACGUGCGAACAGCGGUGUUUGCCCGUCAACGCGUGGAACUAAAAUCGGAUACGCAAACAGGCGAACACCGCUGAGACCUCCAUACAUCCAGAACUUCGCACGGGAACGACCGAAUCACCGGCCGUUCGGUAGUUACAUGCAACUUCGUAUGGGGAUUUCAACGAUCACAAAGAUGCGAAUGGAUGGCAGGGCUUUCGUCUCUUUUAUUCGCCUAAACGGAGACCGACCGCAGGGCCAAAACUUAUGGAACUAUUUUCGGCUAGAUGGCCGUGCGGUCGGUCAAAACUUUAGUGUUCCAUAACUCCCGAACCAUCCAUCCGAAUGGACUGAUUUUUUGACAUGUUGUCCCCACAAAUGAGAACUAUCCAGCGGUACCCAAUUUAAAGGUGUACCCCCUGUUUUUGGGGUACAUCCAGAACUGGGGUAAAAUAGUGCACGUUUUAAUGAAGUUAACUGUUUAUCAGAGGGGAGGGAGGUAGGGGCUGUAACCUGUACCUGAUUGGUGAUUUAAUGCCUCCCCCUGGGUGUGUAUUUUUUGUCUGUAACCCUAAUAAAAAGCAGGCUGGAGAUUCCAGACCUCAGAUCUACUUGUAACCUGAUUCUGGACUCUGACUGUUAUUUGGGAAUUCGUAUGCUUUACCAAGGGGAUUAUCUUGGGAAGCUGUUAUAUUUCUUAUGGACUUCAUUGUUUAGAACUACCUUAGACGCUGGCAUUGCAGGAGGAAUUAUCAAAGCGGUUCAGCUAUACUUGAUUUCCUUACAGGGAAUAUUCGAGAAAUACCAAACAUUGUUAUAUAGGGGAAUAUUCACUAAAUACCAAACUGUUAUAUAGGGGAAUAUUCAAGAAAUACCAAACAUUGUUAUAUAGGGGAAUAUUCACUAAAUGCCAAACAUUGUCAUACAGGGCAAUAUUCACUAAAUACCAAACAUUGUUAUAUAGGGGAAUAUUCACUAAAUACCAAAAUUGUUAUAUAGGGGAAUAUUCACUAAAUGCCAAACAUUGUUAAAUAGGGGAAUAUUCGCUAAAUACCAAACUGUUAUAUAGGGGAAUAUUCACUAAAUGCCAAAUAUUGUUAUAUAGGGGAAUAUACACUAAAUGCCAAUGUAAGGAAAUCAAGUAUAGCUGAACCGCUUUGAUAAUUCCUCCUGCAAUGCCAGCGUCUAAGGUAGUUCCAAGCAAUAAAGUCCACAAGAAAUAUAACAGCUUCCCAAGAUAAUCCCCUUGGUAAAGCAUACGAAUUCCCAAAUAACAGUCAGAGUCCAGAAUCAGGAUACAAGUAGAUCUGAGGUCUGGAAUCUCCAGCCUGCUUUUUAUUAGGGUUACAGACAAGAAAUACACACCCAGGGGGAGGCAUUAAAUCACCAAUCAGGUACAGGUUACAGCCCCUACCUCCCUCCCCUCUGAUAAACAGUUAACUUCAUUAAAACGUGCACUAUUUUACCCCAGUUCUGGAUGUACCCCAAAAACAGGGGGUACACCUUUAAAUUGGGCACCGCUGGAUAGUGCUCAUUUGUGGGGACAAUAUGUCAAAAAAUCAGUCCAUUCGGAUGAAUGGUUCGGGAGUUAUGGAGCACUAAAGUUUUGACCGACCGCACGGAUCAUCUAGCCGAAAAUAGUUCCAUAAGUUUUGGCCCUGCGGUCGGUCUCCGUUUAGGCGAAUAAAAGAGACGAAAGUCCUGCCAUCCGUUCGCAUCUUCGUGGUCGUUGAAAUCCCCAUACGAAGUUGCAUGUAACUACCGAAUGGCCGGUGAUUCGGUUUUUCCCGUGCGAAGUUCUGGAUGUAUGGAGGUCUCAGCGGUGUUCACCUGUUUGCGUAUCCGAUUUUAGUUCCACGCGUUGACGGGCAAACACCGCUGUUCGCACGUAAAAUGGCCGCGACCACGUGUAAAGUGCCGAAAUGGCGGCCACCUAGAUUUUACACGGGGAAUUCGCCUGAAUCCAUCCGAAGGGUAGAAAUUAUAGCUAUAUGCCGAAUUCCAGCUGAAUUGGGUGAAUUAAUUGUGCAACAAAGGUAGAAAUCCUGAUGAACGGAGUCAUUUCUUCACAGCCAAACAUUGUUAUUUAGGGGGGCUAUUCACUAAAUGCCAAAAAUUGUUAUAUAGGGGAAUAUUCACUAAAUGCCAAACAUUGUUAUAUAGUGGAAUAUUCACUAAAUGUAAAACAUUUUUAAAUAGGGGAAUAUUCACUAAAUGUCAAAAAUUGUUAUUUAGGGGGAAUAUUCACUAAAUGCCAAACAUUGUUAUAUAGGGAAAUAUUCGCUAAAUGCCAAACUACGUUAUAUAGGGGAAUAUUCGCUAAAUUUCAAACUUUGUUAUAUAGGGGAAUAUUCACUAAAUACCAAACAUUGUUAUAUAGGGGAAUAUUUACUAAAUACCAAACAUUGUUAUCCAGGGGAAUUUUCACUAAAUGACAAAAAUUGUUAUAUAGGGGAAUAUUCACUAAAUACCAAACAUUGUUAUCCUGGGGAAUAUUCACUAAAUGCCAUACAUUGUUAUAUAGGGGAAUAUUCACUAAAUGACAAACAUUGUUAUAUAGGGGGAAUAUUCACUAAAUGCCAAUCAUUUUUAAAUAGGGGAAUAUUCACUAAAUACCAAACAUUGUAAUACAGGGGAAUAUUCACUAAAUGACAAAAAAAAUUGAUAUAGGGGAAUAUUCACUAAAUACCAAACAUUGUUAUCCGGGGAAAUAUUCACUAAAUGCCAAACAUUGUUAUAUAGGGGACUAUUCACUAAAUGCCAUACAUUGUUAUCCAGGGUAAUUUUCACUAAAUGACAAAAAUUGUUAUAUAGGGGAAUAUUUGCUAAAUGUCAAACUUUGUUAUAAAGGGGAAUAUUCACUAAAUGCCAAACAUUGUUAUAUAGGGGAAUAUUCACUAAAUACCAAACAUUGUUAUAUAGGGGACAAUUAACUAAAUAACAAACAUUGUUAUCCAGGGGAAUAUUCACUAAAUACCAAACUGUAUAUAUGGGGAAUAUUCACUAAAUGCCAAAAAUUGAAAUUUCUUGAAUAUUCCCCUAUAUAACAAUGUUUGGCAUUUAGUGAAUAUUCCCCUGGAUAACAAACAUUAUUAUAUAGGGGGAAUAUUCACUAAAUACCAAACAUUGUUAUCCAAGGGAAUAUUCACUAAAUGCCAAACAUUGUUAUAUAGGGGAAUAUUCACUAAAUACCAAAAUUAUUUAUAUAAGGGAAUAUUCACUAAAUACUAAACAUUGUUAAAUAGGGAAUAUUUAAAGCAAAUACCAAACUAUUUAUAUGAAAUUUUUCAUGCAAACAUUGUUAAAUGAGGAAUAUUCGCUAAAUACCAAUCUCUUUGUUAUAUAGGGAAUAUUCACUAA